UGAGGCUGGUGCUGAACUCUAUCUAGCUGGUACGAUUGGCCUUACUGAGGACACAAAUGGCAAGCAGCGUGGACGAAGAGGCCCUGCACCAGCUCUACCUGUGGGUAGACAACAUCCCUCUAUCCCGGCCCAAGAGAAACCUCUCCCGGGACUUCAGUGAUGGAGUCCUGGUUGCAGAAGUCAUCAAGUUUUACUUCCCCAAGAUGGUGGAGAUGCACAAUUAUGUCCCUGCCAACUCUUUCCAGCAGAAGCUCAACAACUGGGGUCACCUCAACAGGAAGGUGCUGAACAAGCUGAACUUCUCGGUGCCAGAUGAUGUGAUGCGCAAGAUUGCCCAGUGUGCCCCUGGUGUGGUGGAGCUGGUGCUGAUUCCGCUGAGGGAGCGCCUGGAGGAGCGGCAGAGGCGCAGGAAGCAGGGCACGGGCUCCUUACAGGAGCUGGCACCUCAGGAUAGCAGUGGCUAUAUGGAUAUGGGUUUGCCCCAGAAGGCCCGAGGGGAGGGUGCCCCGGAACCCCAGGGAGGAGGGCAGCUCAGGGGGAGCCGACCGCCGGCGCCUCGUCCUCCUGGGUAUAGCCAGUCGCUGCAGGGCGACCCAAGCUUCGUCCUCCAGAUCGCUGAAAAGGAGCAGGAGCUGUUGGCCUCGCAGGAGACUGUGCAGGUCCUGCAGAUGAAGGUGAAGCGUCUGGAACACCUGCUCCAGCUCAAGAACGUGCGCAUCGAGGACCUCUCCCGGCGGCUCCAGCAGGCCGAGCGCAAGCAGCGGUGAGCGGCGACGUGGGCCCGGGCAGCUCGGGGGGCCCCCUUUUCCUCGCCCGGAUGCUACGACCCUCCCUCCGACGACGCACGAGUAGGAGGGUGGAGCCAGCUGCUCGCGCGAGCCUCCAGCGCCCGGAGCUCCUCCCUGCCUGGGUAUGGGGGUGAGUUGGGGGGUGGGGUUGGACUGAGCCACCUCAUUACGCUCCACCCGGACCAGGAAAAUGGACCACUUUCCAGAGCCCAGGAGCCACGGGCGGAGACCCGGCUUGCCCCGCAGCAAAGCGGUGCCCAACACCUGGGGCCCCGCCUUGAGUCUCCCUGCGCUAGGCCUUGGGGGGAGGCGGUCCCCUGGCUCUGCCCACACCCCUAGGGCCGAGUCACUACCCAGCUCCGAGGACAGCAGCUGCGUUUCAUAUCAGGAUGGCUCUCUACACUCGCAAUCAUGUGGGAAACUACCUCCGCAAACCGAGGGGCUCCCUUGCCCCUCUUGGGUGCUCACUUGGGACCCCUCCUUGGGCUGGAGACCACAGCAGCUGGAGAGGCAGGGGUGAGGAGUCGAACCAGCCAGGAAUAGUGAAGACAUCCCACAGUGCCUGUAGCGAUUUCCCUAUUCUUCUUCUUCCUCUUCCCCCACCUCCCUUUCUCCUCCUCUUUCCCUUCUCGAUCACACAUAUUGUUGGGAG